AUGGCGACCGCGGCGAAGCACGUGCAGCUGCUGCUCAUCCACGAGCUGGUGAAGUACUACCUGGCCCGCUCGUUGCGCAAACGCUCGUCGUCGCCGCAGUCCGCGGAACCUCAAUCGCAAUCGUCAGAUGGACACGCGUCCGUGAAGGCGGCGCUCGACCUUCACGGCUACUACUUGGGCGCCAGGAUCGCUACACGGCUGACGCUAGGAAAGGGUCGUAUCUGGGAUCAGAACACCUGCGUCAUUUUUGUCUGCAAGAAUGUGUGGACUUACCUGUUCGGAACAAACGCCGGGCGCCUGCAAUCGAACAGCCAGGGCACUUACAUAAUCAUGUGCGACCAGAUUCCAUGGCUGUCGCAUCUGGGAGCGCGGGCCCCCGUUGCCGGCGGCAGCGACGGCUUGGGUUUCUCCGAGGACUACAAGCUCUUCUAUUUGCACCUGCUGGCGGGCAUCGUGCGCGGCUGCCUGGCGGCGCUGGGCCUGUCCGCUACUGUGUCGCCGCACAUGGAUGACACCUACAAAUUCAAAGUGAGUCUACAGGGCUAA